AUGGUUAUUAAAGGAAGGAAAAGGGCUGCUGUCAUUGAGUCUGAUGGGUCUACCUCAAAGACUCCCACUUCGAAAAAGGCAAAAACUGAAGGAGCUAGUUCAGUCAAAAGCAAAGGUUUGAAGGAAGAAGGAGGAAUGGUUGUCAACACUCUGAUCCGGCCAAAGUUUAUAGAUUGGAAAUUUUUUGGAAAAAAGGACAUGCCUUUUAGAGAAUGGUUCGAAGUUCAAGGAUGGUUAAGCUUUCUAAAGAUCAAAGAGGUGAUGUAUGUUCUGUUGGUGAAAGAAUUCUUCUCUACACUCUCUGUAGGAAAAGAAGACAGCUUUAAGGUGACUCUUAAAGGUAAAAGCUUUAUCAUUACUCUUGAUGUUCUUUCAGAAGCUUUUGGAAUACCAAAUAGAGGAGCUAAAAUAGCUAAGAAGAGUGAGAUCAAGAAAGCUUCAGACUUUCAGGAGGAUCAUUUUAAAAAGGAAAUCUGUGAAGGAAAAAGAGCUGGGCUUUUAGAUGUUUCUUCAGCAUCUCUGAGUACAAACUUUCGGGUAUUACACAAGUUCAUUACUGCUUUUAUUGCCCCAAAGUCAGGUUCUCUUGAUUAUGUGAGUAGUAUUGAGCUAUGUUUGAUGUGGCACAUUGUUAAGAAAAGGAAGUUCAACCUUUGUUACUUGAUCAUGAACUUGCUAACCAACUCUUCAAAAUCUAAAGGUAUGCCCUAUGCUAUGUUGUUAACUGUGUUGUUUGAUCAUAUUGGUGUAAACUUGUCAAAGGCAGUCUCUACUGCUUUGAAGGAGUCAGAUGUGAUAGGUCAAGGCUUUGUGUCAAAAACAAAGAAAUUUAAGGAGUCCAAAGAAAUUGAAACAACUCAGUUUGUGGAUGAUGAAGAGCUGGCAAGUGGUGAAGAUAAGACUCAAGAAAAGGAAAAAUCAGAAGAGGCAUCUGAGAAAGAGGUUAGCUCUGAGGAGAAGGAGGACUCAGAAGAAGAAGCAGAAUCCUCAGAAAAAGAGAUCUUUGAAUCUGCAAAAGGAAAAGAUUUGGUUUUGGAGGUUUCUGACUCUAUCAAUUCAGAGAAGACUGACUCAGAAGACUUGGAGACUCUGCAAGAAGCUCUUCAAAAGAAAAGGAAUCAAGGCAUCCAGAUCAAGGCUACUAGUACUCGAAUUCCAAAGCUUCCUAUCCGAAGAAAAAUUGUGUUAACCAAGCAUGGUGUUCCAAAAGAAACUGCUCACAGGAAGAAGGAUUCAAAAACUCCCUCACAGGAGCUUCCAAGUUAUAACAUUGAUGACAUUGUGGAAACUGGGAAAAAUACAGAGGAAGAGGACAUUGAAACAAAGAAGGACAUUGAGCAGACAACUUUGGGGGACAAAACAAAAGGGGAGACUAGCAAAGCUAAGAAGACUGUUGAAGCUGCUUCCACUGAGGCUAAUGUGGACACAUCUGAAGCUAAAACUAGAGCUCUUCUAGCUGACAAAUUUCAGAUGUUUGAUAGAGCUGCAAGAGAAAGCUUGGAUUUAUGGCUCACUGAGAUGAAAAAGGAGUUUCUGAACUUGAUGAUUCCAACUGCUCCUAUUCCUGCCUUAUCUCCAUUGAAGCAAGUUGAGAAGGAAUCAAUAGGUACUGAUGUGGUGAGAAGUAUCUCUGGAGCUGAUCCAGAAACUACUGAGCCUUUGAACAUUGAUUCUCCUAUCUCAAAAGCUGUUCAGUCCAGCAUUCCCCCUUCUGUUUCUAAAAGAGCCACCCGUUCAUCCACCAAGUUUGAAACCGCAAAGAUCUCACCUGGUGAAAUAGGUUCCAAGGACAAACCUGCUUAUGGCUGUUUCUGCUAUAAGUCUUACAUAUUCCAACUGAUCUUAUCCACUGUUUGCUUCUAUCAAGAUAAUUUGAUUAAGAGUCUUCGUGCAGCUCAAGCUAAUUCUGGAAGCAGAAGAAUAGUCAAAGAUCAAGAAAGAACAAAGUAUGAAUAA